CAGAGAGGACUGCGGCUGAUUAUGGAGUGCAGAGGUCCUCUGGCCAAAUCAUGUUGGCUGCUGCUGCUGCUGCUGCUGCUGCUACCUCAUAACCACCAGGGACGGGUUCUGAGACAGAUUCCCCCUACCCAGGGGAGCCAGGAACCUCCUGCUGUGCACCUCAGCAAUGGCCCAGGACAAGAGCCUGUCUCCAUCCUGCUCUUUAACCUCACCAAGAUCACAAAAACUUCUUCCUUCUUUGAGUUUCAAACCUGGGAUCCAGAAGAAGUGAUUUUUCAUGGUGAUAGCAACCCAAAGAAUGCCUGGUUUAUGCUGGCACUUCGGGAUGGCAGGCCUGAGAUCCAAACGCACAAUCCGUGGGCCCAGCUUAGCGUGGGAGCUGCGCCCCAGCUGGAUGAUGGGAGGUAGCACCAGGUAGAAGUGAGGACGCUUGUGGACUCAGUGACCCUGGGGGUGGAUGGGGAGGAGGUGCUGCACCUGAGACAAGUCUCUGGGCCUCUGUCAAAAAAAUCCCAGCCCAUCCUGAGGUUUGCUCUAGGGGGGCUGCUGUUCCCUGCCCCCAACCUCCAGUUGCCGGCUCAGAUUUCAGCGUGGGCCCCUCCUAGCCUCAGAAGCUGUGCUGUAGAGUCCCAGCCUGGGAUGGUCUUCCCUCCAGGGACUCGUGCAGAAUUCAGUCUCCGAGAUAUUCCCCAGCCCCAUGUAAAGCCCUAGACCUUCUCUCUGGACCUGGGACUCCAACUAGCAGCAGGCUCUGGCCACCUCCUUGCCCUUGAGACCCCAGAAAACCCUUCUUGGCUCAGCCUCCACCUCCAAAAUCAAAAGGUGGUGCUGUCUUAUGGGCCCAGGCCAGAGCUGCAUCUGCCGCUGGCCUUGGGACUCCCUCUUCAGCUGAAGUUGGAUGAGUCCAGGGUGCUCUUGAGCCAGGGGCCCAAGAAGAUCCUUGCUCUGCCUCCCGUGGGCCUUGACUCCCUUCUCAACCUCUGGGCCCACCCCCAGGGGCGGAUCUUCCUGGGGACUUUGCCAGGAGAGACCUCUUCUGCCUCCUCCUGCUUGGACGGCUUUUGGGCACAAGACCAGAGGCUAGACAUGGAUCGGGCCUUGAACAGAAGCCAGGACAUCUGGACUCACAGCUGUCCCCAGAGCCCAGGCAAUGGCACUAAUACCACCCAUUAAAUC